UGAUGCUAGCAGCUUGAUCAUCAUUUCGACAUACAGUACCUGACCUACAUCCUUAUCAGGUGACCAACAUGUCGACCUCCUCAGAGGCUUCACCGCAGCCCCCUCGCUGUCAUUGGCUACCGCGGUCAGGAGGAGCGAAUCACCGGGCUGCGAUGAGAGGGUCAAGGGUUUGGUGUGUGCAGGAGUCCUAAAAAAGUUGACAGGAUGGCAGAGAACUUUCUGAUGGAGGUGUGUGUGGACUCAGUAGAGUCUGCCAUCAAUGCUGAGAGGGGAGGUGCCGGCCGAAUUGAGCUGUGUUCUAGUCUGCUGGAGGGAGGCAUCACACCCAGUAUCGGCCUGCUGCAGGUGGUGAAGCAGUAUGUCCGGAUCCCGGUGUUUGUAAUGAUCCGGCCACGCGGAGGGGACUUCCUGUACUCGGACCGUGAGGUGGAGGUCAUGAAGACGGACAUUCACUUGUGCAAGAACCAUGGUGCAGACGGGCUGGUGCUGGGGGCGCUGACCGAGGACGGCCGGGUGGACACAGAGCUGUGUGUGGAGCUGCUUGCUGCGUGCCGGCCCCUGCCAGUCACUUUCCACAGAGCCUUUGACAUGGUGCACGACCCUAUGCUUGCCAUGGAAACACUGAUCUCACUGGGAUUCGAGAGGGUGCUGACAAGUGGAAGUGACAGCUCGGCCCUGGAAGGUCUGCCUCUGAUCAAGCGACUGGUGGAACAGGCUAAAGGAAGAAUAAUUGUUAUGCCUGGAGGAGGAAUAAGUGAGAGGAACCUGCAAAGGAUUCUGGAAGGCUCUGGGGCCCAAGAGUUCCACUGCUCAGCCCGGUCCACCAAGGACUCAGCCAUGAAGUUCAGGUGA